GACAUUAAGGACAGAAGGCAUGGUUGAUGUGUUGUGGCCAUAACAGAUCCAUGGUUGUGGUUCUCCAUGCACCUUUAGACUGUGUAGUUUUCAUAUUUAUGCGUAAGUCUAUAAAUUAAAGAGCGCAAUGGCGGCGUGGAGCGGUCGUUUUCUUCUUCAGCGGGGAAAUCGACUCAUUUGUCUCCGAGCAGCGGCUGAAAGUCCUGCCCAUGUGGUGGGUUGUUUUAGGACAGUAAAAACCACCACGUGGUUUGAGGAGCACCUCACAAAAGAUAAUCAGGAAUACAUGAGGAAGAACAUGGCAGAAGAAUACAGGAGACAAACAGAUGAAAAGCUCAACCCGCUCAAAGAUGAGCCCUGGCAGCGUCAUGAGUGGACAGAGGGUAGUCGAAGAGUUGGGUUGGUAGCAGUCAAAUUGGGUAUGGCUCCUAUCUGGACAAAAACAGGAGAAAGACUUGUAGCAACCAUGUUGCAGGUGCAAGACUGCCAUGUAAUAAAGCACCUGUCCAAGGAGGAAUUUAACGGACACACUGCUGCCCUUGUGGUUGGAGGGAAAAACGUAUCACCAUUCUAUAGGUCUGAAGAGGAAAUGGAGAUGUUCAGGAAUGCAGGGGUACCUCCAAAACAGAAACUCACCACCUUUAAAGUCUCGGACAACGCCCUCAUAAAGCCAGGCACUCCUCUGUAUGCAGCACAUUUCCGUCCAGGCCAGUAUGUGGACGUCACAGCCAAAUCCAUCGGUAAGGGGUUUCAAGGCGUAAUGAAGCGAUGGGGGUUCAAAGGUCAGCCAGCCAGCCACGGCCAAACCAAAACUCAUCGCAGACCAGGGUCUCUUGGACCUGGAGGGGAUCCAGCCAAAGUCUGGAAAGGGAAAAAGAUGCCGGGCAUGUUGGGAAACAUCUACGUCACAGCUUACGGACUGAAGGUAUGGAGGGUCAAUACCAAGUACAACGUGCUGUACGUUAACGGCUCUGUCCCCGGCCACAAAAACUGCUUGUUGAAGAUAAGAGAUACUGUGCUGCCAACCAGGAAGUCCACUCUGCUCAACCCUCCUUUCCCAACCUAUUUCACUGAAGAGGAGGGCGACCUGGAUGAAGACCUGUACGACGAUAACUUGUUCAUUCACACAGACCCAUCAUUAUCACUGACCUAACCUGACCCCACACACACACACACACACACACACACACACACACACACACACACGUGUAAUGUUUUCAUCUAAACCCACACACUAUGUCUGGAUCCUGUAAUAAAGACCAAUUCCUUUGAAUGCCUUCA